AUGGAACGCAGCGCGGUCGUGACCAUCUUCCUUGCGAUGGUCGCGCUUUAUGCGGUGAACGUACUUGUUCGCCAGUUCGGUGGUACGCUGGCUUCCGAUCUUGCGUGGAUCGAGGAAGCGGUUCGUCUGAUGAACCUGUUCCUCGUCUUCUUCGCCGUUGGGCUGGCGCUCGAGCGGGGGCGCCAUGUCGGCAUCCACUCCUGGCGCGACCGCAUCGCCCGCGCCACGGGCCUCCCCCUGCGCGGACUGAUCGAUGCGAUCGGUCUUGUUUUUUGCCUCUAUCUGGCCUGGCUGGGCCUGACCAUGACCCAGUUUGUCUAUUCGAUGGGCCAACGCAGCCCGACGCUGAACCUGCCCGUUUUCUGGAUCUACCUUGCGCCGUGCAUCGGCUUCCUGCUCAUGGCGCUGCGCUACUUGCUGUCGCUGGUCGGCGUCAUCGACCGUUAUGCCAACCAGCCGGCCGGUGACACAUGA